AUGUCGAGCCUGAUCGAGCGCGAGGAAAUCGUGGGGAAAAACACGCUUGGCUUUGGCUUUGGCUUUGGCUUUGGCUUUGGGGGCGAUAACUCAAUUGAUCGAGCGUUCUCGAGUUCGAGCCCACCGUGCUUCGAGCCCGAGGCCCGAGGCCCGAGCGUCAUCGUCCCCCUUCUCCUCCCAUCGAUGGAACCCAAGGGCCCUCGAGUCGGUUGCGCCUCCUGCUACGCGUACGCGUACGCGGCGGGUUUAUGCUGCAACGGCAUCUACGGCACCUCGACACAGCGUGCGGGGACGGGGGUGAUACGCAACAUAUCAUAG